AUGUUGCAAGACUUGAUCAAAAAACGACGCAAAACUGAAUCAACAUCGAUUUUGUGUUUUCGACGUUCUGCUAUUCUUAUGUUAUUUUUAGUAUUAACUCUUUUCUUUGUGAUAUUGUUGAUGAAGCUGAUCAAUGAAAAGAUUACUAUCAGUAGUAGCUUUUCACCAAUUGAAAGUAUACCCCCUCCAGACAUCUAUUUAUCACAUUACGGAGAAUUUAAUAUCACUUGUAUGUGCAAACUUAGUGGAGAACCUCCGGAAAAUUGCGAUAAUUAUGUUACACAGCCAAUAGAAACCAAUCACUCUCGUCGUUAUAUUGGAAAGUUUGUGCCAAAAGAAAUAUGGUUGACCGAGGCUAAGGGUCAAAGAUCGAAUACUGUUUAUCUUUCAAUAAAUGUUGGGAAUAAUACUACUAAUACCACUUACACUGUUUACAAAAUGAUGUUGAUGCAAGUGUUUGAUUCAGAAUAUGAUCCAAUGAGUGAUAAUUUUUUCUUUGACAAAACGACAACCCCAUUUAUAAGGUCACGUGCACAUAUGAAUAGAUAUUAUUUAUCAGGGAAUGCUAAAGAUCAGACAAACGAUGACCAAUUCAAUUUUAAAUUACCUUGGUAUUCCACCAAGAUACAUUAG